AAAGCCGGGAAUGUUCCCGCGGGAAUGCCGCGGCCUGGGAUAAACUGGGGAGGGAAUACAGGAGGGAUCCCCGGCCUGCGGGAGCGGCCCCUUCCCGGGAGCCCCGAGGGAAACGGGAAUUUCUGGUUUUCCUGAGGGGAAAGGGAAUUUCCCGCUCGUUUUGGAGGGAAAAGGGAAUUGCUGCUUUUCCUGAAGGACGGGUUGGUGUCUGGCCGUCCACGGGGAAAAGGAGAUUAUUCAUUUUCCAGAGAAAAAGGGGAAUUGCAGGUUUUCCCGAGUGAAAAGGGAAAUUUAUGGAUUUCCAGCUGAUUUCUGGCUUUCCGAAGAGGAACAGGAAUUUUCGAGUUUUCCCAAUGGGAAUGAGAAUUUCUGUGUUACCAGAGGGAGAGGCUGGUUUCUAUUUUUCCUGAGGGAAAAUGGAAUUCCUGUUUUUCCUGAGGGAGACGCUGGAUCCUCGUUUUCCAGGUGAAAAAGGAAAAUUCUGUUUUCUGAAAGCAGUGGCUAGUUCCUUGUUUUCCCGAGGAAAAAGGAAGAUCCUGGUUUUCCUAAAGGAAGAGGGAAUUUCAGGUUUUCUGGAGGAAAAUUUCAGGUUUUCUGGGGUCCUGCUUUUCCUGAUUGAAAAGAAAUUGUCCAUUUUUUCCUGAGGAAAAAGGGAAUUUGGGGAUUUGCUGAGGGAGACUCUGGCUCCUGGUUUUCCUGAAGGAAAAGGGAAUUUCCUGGUUUUCCUGAUGGAAAGAUCAGAUCCUGGGUUUCCUAAGGAAAAGGAGAUCUUAUUUUCUGGAGGGAAAGACCAGCUCCUCAUUUUCCCAGGGAAAAAUGAAAUUUCUGCUUUUACCAAGGGGUGGCUGCUUCCCGAAUUUCGGAGAGGGAGAGGAAAAUUCCUGGUUUUCCUGAAGGAGAGACCAGAUCCCAGUUUUCUGAAGGGAAAAGGAAGGCUUUAAUUAUCCUGAGGGUGAAGGAAAAUUUUUAAUUAUCCUGAGGGAGAAGGAAAUUCCCGCUCAUCCCAAGGGAGAGGCCUCCCUCAGGUUUGUGGAUUUCCUGAGGGAAAAAUUCCCCUUUUUCUGGAAGGAGACACCAGGCUCUGCUUCUCCUGAGGGAAAACCUCAUUCCUGCUUAUCCCAACCAUGAUACCCACCCCUUCCCAACCCCAAAAUCCCGAUUUUUUUUUGCCUCUUUCCCCUCAGGCCCGGAUCCAUGGCGGAGCGGGAGAGGCCGCGGCGGCUCCUGAGGCUGGUCCAGGAGGGAAAACUGGAUCUCCUGCGGGAUGAGCUGAGGCUGGAUGACAUUCCAGAGGCUCCCAGCUGGCGCUGGGGACGUUUGGGAGACUCCCUGCUGCACCACGCGGCGCGGCUCGGACACCGGGAUGUGCUGGAAUUCCUGGUCCGGGAGAUUGGGAUGGACGCGGAGGUGACCAAUGGGGAUUACAAGAGGCCGAUCCAUGAGGCUGCUUCCAUGGGACACUGGGAAUGUGUGUCCUUCCUGCUGGAGAUGGGGGCGAGCGUGGAUUGCUUGAAAAAGGCCGACUGGACUCCCCUCAUGAUGGCUUGCACCAGGAAAAACUUGGAAGUGAUCAAAACUCUGGUGGAGCACGGAGCCAACCCACUGCUGAGGAAUAAGGAUGGCUGGAAUUGCUUCCACGUUGCCAGCAGGGAGGGACACCCCGAGGUGCUCCGGUACCUGCUGGAUGUGUCCCCAGGCUGCUGGGACACGGAGAGCACCACGGGGAGAACUCCUCUGCACACAGCAGCGAUGCACGGCUGUUCCCAGGUCGUGGAGCUGCUCCUGGAGCGGUGCCGGUACAAACCUGACAGCAGAGACAGCUGUGGAGUCACUCCCUUCAUGGACGCCCUCCAGAACGGGCACAUCGGCAUCGCCCGCCUGCUCCUGGAAAAACACCAGGCCUGCCCCACAGCUGUGGAUGCCCUGGGUGCUCAGGCCCUGCACAGGGCAGCUGUGACAGCCCAGGAUGGAUCCAUCCAGUUCCUGGUGUCCGAGCUGGGCGUGGACGUCAACGGGAGAGCGACGUCCCUGCAGCUGCCAGCCCUGCACUACGCAGCCAAGGAUCCAGCCGUGCCGUUUGCCCGCUCCCACAAAGGAGCCCUUUCUCCCACUUUCCCGGCCUCCCUCUCCCAGAAACCACGUUCCAAGCCCUUCUGGUUGCCAAGGGAAGGACACGGACACACCAUCCAGACCCUGCUGGCCCUCGGCGCUGACGUCCAGGCCAAGGAUGGGAAGGGCCGUUCUGCCCUGCACGCAGCCAGCGCCGGGCAGCGGGCGGAGGCCGCGCGGAUCCUGCUCCGUGCCGGGCUCCAGGACGCUCCAGAUGCCACGGGAAUGCUGGCACAGCAGCUGGCCAGGAGGCCGGAUGUCAUCCAGGUUUUCCAGGGAAUGCAACUCAGCACGUGAAGAAGAGGAACCUGCUCCUUUUCCACGUGGGCUGAGCUUCUCUUCCCGUGCAGCUCCUGCCACAUCCAAACCUCUGAGGGUGCGGCUGCCUGGAACAGAACCAUCCAAGGAAGGAAAGUGCCACUUCCAGGGAUCCUCCUGGCUUUUGCUGGGAAUUUCCACCCACUGAACAUCCUGAUGGAGAAGAUCCACCUGGAUCAUUGAUUUCCUAGCCCUUCACGGACCUGCUCUCCACUAAUCCCUUAAAUUGCUGUAAUUUGCCACCUCUUUGGGUAGGAUGAAGACUCUUCAAGCCCAGAGCUGGAAUCCAUUGUGGGACCUCAACCUUGUGAGGACAUCUGGAUCAGACUAAAAUAUAAGGAGGUGUUUGUUAUUCCUGACUGGAAUGCUGGGCAAUUCCCAGCACUGAUGAACUUUAAAACCCAAAAAUCUGCUCUUGGAAGCCUGCAAUACACAGCAAGGUAAGAGCAGCUCCAGCUGUUGGGUUUGUGCAGUUGGAAUUAUAAAUUCCAUAGAAAAGUGA